AUGGCACUUGAAGCCACGCCAGUCAGCAUUCCCUCUCCAACUGUGCUGGAGGCCCUGCGCGCCAAGUACCCACCUGCGCCCACCUCCCCACCUGACUGGACAUUUCCAGCACCUGACCCUCACCUAUCGGCACCGUUUGCGGUCUUCUCCAAGGUGCUGGGAAGCUUCCCGGGAGGGGCAGAGGCAAUUAUUCACAUCACACGCACUUACCUCGCCGUGAACACGGGUGCCUUGGUCCUGCAGGCUGACCUGGCGAACGCGUUCAACAGCGUUAAUCAGGCAGCCAUCGUCGCAUCACUUCGCGGAUCCACUCUCGAAUCGCUUCUGCCGCUAGUAAAACUGUUGUACGGCCUGCCCUCUGCACUAUGUCUGGACGCCGGCUUUUCGCACCCACCUCUUCUGAGCGAGACCAGGGUGCGGCAGCGGGAUCCCCUCGGUCCGCUGCUGUUUGCGGCUACCAUACACCCAGCGCUGACGAAGACGGCACUUGCCUUCCCGUCCGUGGUCUGCCUGGCCUACGCAGACGACGUUACCUUUCUCGGAGAAGCAGCUGCGUGUGCGGCGGCGUUCGAACAUUUCACGGGGAACCUCGGGGAGAUUGGGCUGCGCCACAACCCAGCCAAAUGCGCGGCCUGGUCACAAGCUAGUCGGCAGGAGGCAGCGCUGCCGCUGGGCGUACCUUUCACUGACGACGGGGUGAAGAUGUUUGGCAGCUUCAUUGGUGGCGUCGACGCAACGGCGGCGUUCCUACGUGACAGCCUAAACACCAUGGGCGGGCCCCUACCUUUAAUCGCGCGCAUGGAGCCGCAGCUGGCGUCUUUACUGCGGCAGGUCUCCUACGUUGCCCGUACCACGCCCCUCUCUGCCCUGCCAGUCGAGGAGUGGUCAGACUGGGGGAAAAGACUGUUUGAGACGUUGCUGACGGCCUGCGGCAUCCGUCACCCAAGGGGAGAAGCCGAGAUUACACGCACCUGGGCUCAAGCCUCGCUGCCGAUCUCGCUUGGAGGUUUGGGUCUCGCAGACCCCUCGGUGGAAGGACGCGUUGGGUUCCUUGCAAGCUGGACCCAAGCGCAGCACCUGCUCACCUCAAUUGACGAGCCGGCUCUCGGCGCCUUGGCGGAAAUACGGAUCCAGAUGAAGGGACCCUUCGUGAACACGUCCCCCCUGUUUGACUGGUUGGAGAGACACAACCCCGCCAAGUGCGGGGCCUGGUCCGAUGGGUCGCCCGCGGACUACACCCUGCCCGAAGGGGUUCCACUCAGCGGCGAUGGGUUGAAAGUGCUGGGCAGUUUCAUCGGCACCCCAACAGCAACAUCCGCCUUCAUACGAUCCAGCCUGGAAGCGAUGGGUGCGCCGCUGGGAUUGAUAGAGCGGAUGGAGCCUCAGCUGGCGGGUCUGCUGCUGUCUCGGUGCGUCUCGCGCCGAGUGUCUUACUUGGCCCGCACGACUCCCCUUCCGGCCCUGCCCCAAGGGGAGUGGUCCGAAUGGGGGAGGCGUCUGUUGGAUACCCUGCUCACGGCAUGCGACAUUAACCACCCACGGGGGGAGGAGGAAAUAUCACGCACAUGGGCGCAGGCCUCCCUCCCCGUAUCGCUCGGUGGCCUCGGACUGACGGACCCGUCCGUGGAAGGAAGCUACAGCUUCCUCGCCAGCUACACGCAGGCUCAUCUCCUGCUGGACUCCCUGGAGGACGAAUGCACCGGCCCACUGGAAGCAACACGCGAGGCCACGGCGGCCUCUCCAUAUCUCAUUCUUUCAGUUAGUGCUGAAAAUUUUGGCGCCACAGCCUCUGCGCCGGAGCGCAAGACGGACCCCGCGCGCAGGGGCUCCGGCGGUGACAAGGACCUGCCCGCGCGCCGAGCCAGCUCGCGCUGCUGGUCCUCGAAGCGGCGGCGGAUCUGA